AGAUUGAAGAGAUCAGGAGUCGAGGCAAGUUGCCGAUUCUCGUCGGGGGGACGCAUUACUACACGCAGUCGCUGCUGUUCCAGGAUGCCCUCGCCGAAGAGCCUGCAUUGCAUCUGGAUGAAAACAGUGAGAAACUGCCCGUGUUGGAGGAGCCGACUGAGGCACUCCUGCAGAGACUCAAGGAGGUCGAUCCCGUUAUGGCAGACCGAUGGCAUCCGAAUGAGCGCAGGAAGAUACAGCGCUCGCUGGAGAUCUACCUUCGGACAGGAAGGCCGGCGUCGCAGUUGUAUAAUGAGCAGCGGCUUAAACGCCAGACGUCUCCUUCGUCUGGAGAUGGUUCAAAAGUUGCUGGUAGCUCCAGCCUUCGCUUUGAGACGCUGGUAUUCUGGGUGCAUGCGGAUAAAGAUAUUUUGCAUCGUCGUCUUGACGGACGUGUGGACAGGAUGCUGGCGAAAGGUCUGUUGUCGGAGGUAGAAGAGUUGGCUGAUUUCCGCCAGCAGUAUGAGUCUAAAACCGGUACGAGUAUAGAUCAAACUCGCGGUAUCUGGGUCUCUAUAGGGUACAAAGAGUUCUUGGACUACCAGCAUGCGCUGGGAGAGGGCGCAAGGCCAGCUGAGGAGCUGGAAAAACUCAAGAGGGCGGCCAUCGAGAAAACGCAAGCUGCGACGCGCCAGUACGCCAACCGUCAGAUUAAGUGGAUUCGCAUCAAGCUACUUAACGCGUUGCUGAGUGCAGGUCAAAAGGGCAAUACUUUCUUAGUCGAUGGGUCGGACAUCUUCAAAUGGGAUACCGAUAUUGUGCAGCCCGCGACAUCCAUUACUGAGCGGUUCCUCGCGGGCGACUCCCUUCCGGAGCCUUCGUCGCUUUCGCAAGCCGCAUCAGAGAUGCUCACACCGAAACGAGAGUAUGAUCUGGGGCAACGACCGGAUCUGUGGCAGAAGAAAGUGUGCGAGACAUGCGGAACUGUUGCCGUUACUGAGAACGAUUGGUCUUUGCAUGUCAAGAGCCGUGCGCAUCGACGCGCUGUGGGCGCAAAAAAGAAACAGGAGAAUACACGAGAUGUGACAAAGAAACGUCUCGAGUCUGCUC